CCCGCCCCCGGGCCCCGAGUGAGCUGCUCUGGCCGCCGCGCGGGCUCAGAGCCGAGCAGCGGUGGGGAGCGGAGCGGCGGCGGGGAGCGGAGCGGCGCGCCCGGGGGGACCAUGGGUUCUAUGUUUAGGAGUGAGGAGGUAGCCCUGGUCCAGCUCUUCCUACCCACAGCGGCUGCCUACACCUGCGUCAGUCAGCUGGGUGAACUGGGCCUCGUGGAGUUCAGAGAUCUCAACGCAUCUGUGAGUGCCUUCCAGAGACGCUUUGUGGUCGAUGUCCGUCGCUGUGAGGAGCUGGAGAAGACCUUCACCUUCCUGCAGGAGGAGGUGCGGCGGGCGGGCCUGACGCUGCCCCCACCAGAUGGGAGGCUGCCAGCACCACCUCCUCGAGACCUACUGCGCAUCCAGGAGGAGACAGACCGCUUGGCCCAGGAGCUGCGGGAUGUGCGGGGCAACCAGCAGACGCUGCGGGCCCAGCUGCACCAGCUGCAGCUCCACUCGGCUGUGCUGGGCCAGAGCCAUGGUCCCCCGUUGGCAGCUGCCCACACAGAAGGGCCCUCCUCCGAGAGAGCACCCUGGCUUCCAGCUUCCCCGGGGCCACAGGAAGACCUUAAGGUCAACUUUGUGGCAGGUGCCGUGGAGCCCUACAAGGCCGCCGCCCUGGAGCGCCUGCUCUGGAGAGCCUGCCGAGGCUUCCUCAUCGCCAGUUUCAAGGAGACUGAGUCACAGCUGGAGGACCCCGUGACGGGAGAGCCUACCACCUGGAUGACCUUCAUCAUCUCCUACUGGGGUGAGCAGAUUGGACAGAAGAUCCACAAGAUCACAGACUGUUUCCACUGCCAUGUCUUCCCCUACCUGGAACAAGAGGAAGCGCGGAGUGGGGCCCUGCAGCAGCUGCAGCAGCAGAGCCAGGAGCUGCAGGAGGUUCUGGGGGAGACUGAACGGUUCCUGAGCCAGGUUCUGGGUCGGGUGCAGCAGCUGCUGCCGCCAGGGCAGGUGCAGAUCCGCAAGAUGAAGGCUGUGUACUUGGCCCUCAACCAGUGCAGCGUGAGCACCACUCACAAAUGCCUUAUCGCAGAGGUCUGGUGUGCCACGCGAGACCUGCCCGCCCUGCAGCAGGCACUGCAGGACAGCUCGAGUGAAGCAGGAGUGAGUGCUGUGGCUCACCGCAUCCCCUGCCGGGACUCGCCUCCAACUCUCAUCCGCACCAACCGAUUCACAGCCAGCUUCCAGGGCAUCGUGGAUGCCUAUGGCGUGGGCCGCUACCAGGAAGUCAACCCUGCUCCCUACACCAUCAUCACAUUCCCCUUCCUCUUCGCUGUGAUGUUUGGCGAUGUGGGCCACGGGCUGCUCAUGUUCCUCUUUGCCCUGGCCAUGGUGCUUGUUGAGAACCGGCCAGCUGUGAAGGAUGCGCAAAACGAGAUCUGGCAGACAUUCUUCGGGGGCCGCUACCUGCUCCUGCUCAUGGGUCUGUUCUCUGUCUACACUGGUUUCAUCUACAAUGAGUGCUUCAGCCGCGCCACCACCAUCUUCCCCUCGGGCUGGAGCGUGGCCGCUAUGGCCAACCAGUCAGGCUGGAGUGAUGAAUACCUAUCUCAGCAUCCCAUGCUCACCCUGAACCCCAACAUCACCGGUGUCUUCCUGGGACCCUACCCCUUUGGCAUUGACCCGAUCUGGAGCCUGGCUACCAACCACCUGAGCUUCCUCAAUUCCUUCAAGAUGAAGAUGUCUGUCAUCCUGGGGGUCACCCACAUGGCCUUUGGGGUGUUCCUCAGUGUCUUCAACCAUGUGCACUUUGGGCAGACGCACCGACUGCUACUGGAGACCCUGCCCGAGCUCCUCUUUCUGCUGGGCCUCUUCGGCUACCUCGUGUUCCUCAUCAUCUACAAGUGGCUGCAGGUCUCGGCUGCCCGAGCUGCCUCAGCCCCCAGCAUCCUCAUCCACUUUAUCAACAUGUUCCUCUUUGCCAGCAGCACCACCAACCAGCCGCUCUUCCACGGGCAGGAAGUGGUACAGUACGUGCUGGUGGUCCUGGCUUUGGCCACGGUGCCCAUCCUGCUGCUAGGCACGCCCUUGUACCUGCUGCGCCAGCACCGCCGCAGAAGUACUCAGAGAAGGCCAGUGGGCCGACAGGACGCGGAAACUGACAAGCUUCUGCCCUCCCCUGAUGCCUCCACCUCUGAGAACAGCUGGACCCACGACGAGGAGAAGGCAGGAUGUGCAGGGGGUGACGAGGAAGCUGAGUUUGUCCCCUCUGAGGUCUUCAUGCACCAGGCCAUCCACACCAUCGAGUUCUGCCUUGGAUGUAUCUCCAACACGGCCUCCUACCUGCGCCUCUGGGCCCUGAGCUUGGCCCAUGCCCAGCUGUCCGAGGUCCUGUGGGCCAUGGUGAUGCGUAUAGGCCUGAGCAUGGGCAGGGACAUAGGUGUGGCUGCUGUGGUGCUGGUCCCCGUGUUUGGGGCCUUUGCCGUGAUGACCGUGGCUAUCUUGUUGGUGAUGGAGGGGCUCUCGGCCUUCCUGCAUGCCCUGAGGCUGCACUGGGUGGAAUUUCAGAACAAGUUCUACGCAGGCACUGGCUACAAGCUCAGCCCCUUCACCUUCGCUGUAGAAGAGGUGUAGUGCCCACUGCAGAGAAUGCCCACCCAACUCCUCAAUGGAAGCAGAAAAGAAAUAAAGAGCUGGCAGGCCCAGGGA